AUGGCCGACUCUCGAGACAGCCUGAGAGUCUACAACUCUCUCAAGCCCGGCGGCCCUGUCAGCUUUGACCCCAAAGACCCGGGCAAGGUGACGUGGUAUGCCUGCGGACCGACGGUCUACGACAAGAGCCAUCUCGGCCACGCAAGGAACUAUGUCUCCACGGACAUCAUCCGGCGCAUCAUGAUGCACUACUUUAACCUCGACGUAAAUUUCGUCAUGAACAUCACCGACAUCGAUGACAAGAUUAUUAUCAGGGCUAGGCGUCGUCGUCUCCUAGAACUAGAAAAGAGGAAGGCUCAUUCAAAAGAGAAGCUCCAGGAACUUGCCCUUGAUGCAUUCCGCGCCUAUGCCAAGAGCAGCCUUCCCGCCCUCGUAGAUGACGGUUCUGAGCUUGACCCAUCCAACUAUGAGACGAAGAGGGAUGUAGCCUAUGGGAAGGUCCUUGCUGGUGGAGCUUUGACCGAGGACGGCAAGCCCGGAGAGGCCGAAGCUAAGAUCAGGAUGCAUAUCUCCAACAUGGACGCUGCCGCAAAAGCAAUUAAGGAUGGUCAAAUAUUCCCGGGAGCCGAAGAAGUCCUUCUCCCUUAUCUAGAUUCUCUGUACAAGGAGACUUUCGAUACCACCGAUCAGUCUGUCUUCACCGAACUAACACAGACCAUGGAGGACCUCUUCUUUGCCGACAUGAAGGCCCUCAACGUCCUCCCCCCGGACGUUAUUACGAGAGUCACCGCGUUCGUCCCCCAGAUUGCCAAGUUUGUCGAGCGCAUUGUGGACAAGGGCUUCGCCUACGAAGCCGAAGGAUCAGUCUACUUCGACAUCGCUGCGUUCGAAAAGGCCGGAAACCGGUAUGCGCGAUUGCGCCCUGAGAGCCGAAACGACAAGUCGCUGCAGGAGGAAGGCGAAGGGUCUCUCUCGAAGAACCUCGGUGGUAAGCGGAGCCCUAGCGACUUUGCACUCUGGAAGAAGUCCAAGGCUGGAGAGCCGUUCUGGCCCAGCCCGUGGGGUAACGGCAGGCCUGGAUGGCACAUAGAAUGCUCCGUCAUGGCUUCCGAAAUCCUCGGCUCUUCGAUGGAUGUCCACUCAGGUGGUAUCGACCUUGCUUUCCCCCACCAUGACAACGAGCUUGCCCAGAGCGAAGCCUACUUCUUUGAGCCCGACAAGGGAGAGCAUACUUGGGUCCGAUACUUCCUUCAUAUGGGACAUCUCUCCAUAGCUGGAUCGAAAAUGUCCAAGUCUCUUAAGAACUUCGAGACAAUUGAGGAUGCUCUCGCUACCACAUACACUUCGAGAAGUCUACGAACCGUCUUCUUGCUCGGAAAGUGGCAUGAUGGUGUGGAAAUCUCUCCAGAGAUGCGAUCUCAUGCUGAUAGCUGGGAGGCUACUGUGAAUAACUUUUUCACAAACACGAAGUCCCUACUUGCAGAGGCUGCAGCCAAGCCCGCAAGUUCAGGGGUAGCAGCUCUUUCCCUCAAUGACCAGACAAGCAAGUCAGAUAUCGCCACCCAAUUCGAACAAGCAAAGAAAGACUUCCAUGCAGCUCUUUGCAACUCCUUUGAUACCCCCCAAGCUAUGCAAGUGAUUGCGGGCAUAAUCAAGGAUGCAAACAUUCAUCUCAAGACCUCCAAGGACCAGCCCGACCUUGCCACUAUCGAGGCUAUUGCCAGGUGGAUCACGAAGAUCGUAGGCAUCUUCGGAUUGGACGAAAACGCCGCACCCCCUUACGAUGGCCUAGGUUGGGCGUCUGCUAAGGUCGCCGCCGACCAGGACCCAGCAGUUGCAAUCAAGCCAUACACCUCUGUCCUGGAGAGCGUCUCUGCUGCUGUACAAGAACUCCAACUCAACUCCGAUUCUAUCAAGGUGCUCCUUGAGAAGGUCCCCGAUGCCGAGUUCCAAGCUCUUGUUGACGGCGGAGUCCGCGAUAUAGAGCAGCUUGCUCUUCCAUAUCUUCGCUCAGUGUCCAGCCUACGUGACGAGCUUCGCAAGCUUGUCGGCACUGUUACUCCGGAAGUUAAGAAGAGCAUCCUUGCCCUCACUGACAGGAUACGCGAUGUUGACCUCACCAAUCUCGGCGUCUACCUCGAUGACAGGCCAGACGGGCAGCCCUCCUUGAUCAAGUUCGUCCCUGCCGCAGAACUCAUCGCUGCGCGAGAGGAGAAGGCGGCGCGGGAGAGGGAACGCAUCCGCCAGAAGGAAGAGGCUAGAAUAGCGAGGGAAAAGGCCGAGCAGGAGAAGCUGGCUAAGGCGCGUGUGAACCCCAAGGACAUGUUCAAGGAUGAUAGGUUUUCGGCCUGGGAUGACAACGGUCUCCCAACAAAGAUGAAAGAUGGAAGCGAUGUGCCGAAGAGCCAGCUGAAGAAGCUGCAGAAGGAGCACCAGAAACAAACGAAACUUUACCAGGAGGUUGUAGGCAAGGGGUCGUGA